AUGACAUUGCGAGGCAAAGCCAGCGUCUACGCCGGCGCUGCUCUGCUCCGGCUCGCCCUCUUCCUCGCCUUUCCCGGCCUCCCCGACCUCCUAACCAGCCGUGUCGAGAUCUCGACCCCCGUCACAAGCUUCAAGCGAUUGCAAGAGGGUCUGUUCCUGUACACGAAUAACGUUUCUCCUUACGAUGGCGGCGUCUUCCAUCAGGCGCCGCUGCUACUGCCCUUGUUCUCACUGCUCCCAGACGUCAAGGUCUGGCCCAUCUUUACACACCUGCUCUACAUCGCCGUAGACCUCCUCAGCGCCGAUGCCUUGUACAAGAUUGCCAAUUCGGGCGAGGCGGCUAGCUCGAAGCUGUUUACAUCGCCGCGCCGGGCAAACAAGUUUGUUGGCGCCGCCGUUGCUGCUGCCUUCUUGUUCAACCCCUACACCAUCGCCACAUGUAUAGGACGAUCAACCGGUGUCUUUACCAACUGCGCCAUCCUAUAUGCCAUCGCCAGGGCAAUCAAGGGUUCUCCCUUCAACGCCAUGAUUGCCCUGUCGUUCGCCUCUUACCUAUCCAUGUACCCCAUCCUCCUUCUCCCUCCUCUGAUUCUCCUCGCCUUUGAUCGCCAGCCCGAGAAGCGCCGAGUUGCAUCACUCGCCAGGUUUGCGGCUACCAAUGUUCUCAUCGUGGUGGGCUGCGUCAUCUCACUGCUGGGCAUGUCCUUUGUCUUGGCUGGCAACUCAUGGGACUUCCUCGCCCGCACAUAUGGCAUCCAAUUGACGCUGUCGGACCUCACGCCCAACGUUGGUUUGUGGUGGUACUUCUUCAUCGAGAUGUUUGACUCGUUCCGAGCCUUCUUCCUCGGCGUCUUCUGGCUUCACCUCGCCUCCUACCCCGCCGCUCUCUCAAUCCGUCUACGCCCUCAGCCGUUGGCCGUCUUGGCCAUCCUGCUGGGCACAUUCUCCAUCUUCAAGCCAUAUCCAUCGCUUGCGGACGCGAGUCUUUUCCUAUCUGUGGUUCCUUUGUUCCGACACGUCUUCCCCCUGAUGCGGUAUGCCUUUCUCACGACAUCAACGCUCCUCUAUGCGACGUUCCUCGGACCGGCUUUCUACCACCUCUGGAUCUAUUAUGGAAGCGGCAACGCAAACUUCUUCUACGCCAUCACGCUUGUGUGGAGUUUGGGACAGAGUCUGCUGGUGACCGACCUGACUUUUGCCGUGUUGAGAGAUGAGUGGGAGAUUGACCGCCCUGAGAUGGCAGGCAAGGAGAUUCGGCAGAUAUAG